GAAACUAGACCAGCAGCAAGAAAGCCAGGCUAAGAAAGUUAUUGAAAAUGGCUCACACGUGAAGAGGAGGGCAGCUCCCGAGCCCGUGGACUGGAUCGCCUUAGUUGAGCUACACUUCAGCUCUUCUGUUUUAUUAUUUUUCUGUACCUGCGCCUUUUCCCUCUGACUGAAAACUAGCCCAAAGUGCGCGGAGAAGGACGAGCUGUCACAGAGCUCCGAUGCGCAGGUCUGGUUUGGCAGCCUUAUAUCUGACUGUGGGCUAUUAAAUCAACUCCUGGAUAUGGGUGAAAUCCGUGACAGACAGCAGAGGCGCCUGUAACUCACUGCAGAAAGCCACAUCCUUAUUCAUGCAUUACGGGACUCGGUGUCGUUCCUGACGUUUUACUGGGAAGGAGAUGACUGUUUUCCACCAAGCAGCAAUGGUCAGUGAAUUUGGCGGAUUCCUGCAUCCCGUCAGUCCGGCACGCUGGGAUUAUCAGAGUCCAGAGGUAAGCUCACGGCCUGUUGAACACCAUUAGCACUUGUCACAUCAGUCCAGCCAAGGUCGUCGCUCCUGCCCUUUUCCCUGGACCUCCCACCCAACCUUAAACAGCAGAAAGUCACUUCCUUUUUGACACUGUACAAUGGAAAGCCUAAGUGAGCUGCAGAAUCCUCUCUUGGACAAGAACAGCAAACAUGUAGUCAAGGCAGACUAUGGCUACAGGAGUGAUUUCCCCACCAACCAGUACCAGGAAAACAUCAUCAACUACUUCGUGACGAGCGGUGGAGGUGGGAGUGUGGGAGGGGUCGGGGGAGGCGGAGGCGAAGUUGGGGUCACGCCAGGAAACGGUAAGGCCAAAGCCCAGCUUCUGGAUGCCACUUCACUACACCUGGCAGUAGAGGCCUUCUACAAGCCAAACUUCAUCCUCUACAAGGACGACGUCACCAUCAAGGGCAAGGAUUACAAAAGUGAGUGCUGCGAGACCACCUUCACAGAAAAGAAAGAUAAGGAAGCAGCUGUGGAUACUCCUAGCACUGAAGAUCCACAGGCUAAGCUGCUGGAUGAAAACGAGGUGAAGAUCCAGACAGUGUCCUACGAGGUGGAGGAGGAAGAAUAUGUGGAGUAUGAGACGGACUGCUCCAGCGACAGCGAAAGUGAGGAUAACUUCAUCGUCAUCCCGCCUCGCGAUCACCUGGGACUGGCUAUCUUCUCCAUGCUCUGCUGCUUCUGGCCUCUGGGCAUCGCUGCCUUCUAUUUCUCUCAGGGGACUAGCAAAGCCGUGACAAAGGGAGACUUCCCCAUGGCCAGUAUCGCCUCCAGACGGGCCCUGUUCCUGGCCGCUCUCUCCAUCACCAUCGGGACAGGGGUUUAUGUUGGUGUGGUGGUGGCCCUCAUUGCCUAUCUCUCCAAACCGGGUCACAUAUAGCAUAAAGAACUGGAUAAGGAAAUAGAAAACCCUCUCAACGCCUCUGAACUUUUGGCAAAUUUCCCUCUCACACAUAUCCCUCCCCCUCCUACGACUGCCUGUCGUCCCAAAUUAGAAAGAGAGGGAUGGAGCCAGAGAGGACGUUUGGGAAAGCUGGGGCACUUUUCAUCAAAGCAGCACCUGAAUGAAUGGAAAGCUUGCGCAGAUGUGGCUUGGCCUCAUGUCACACCACAGCAGUCACAGUUCCUUUGGGAAUCUGAACUUUGUGUGGUUGCUGAAGUCUGAGAGCAUUUCAGGCGAACAGAAAAUAAACUAGAGGGAGAAACAAGGCAUCCAAUUAAGCAAAUCCAGAGGGAGACCAUUCCAAAGGACACCGCGUAAGGAUCAAAAGAGAACCCCAGUGCCCUCGGAUUUGUUUUCUCCCUCUUCAGCUGAGCUCCCCUAUGAACCCGAAGAGAUGUAAAGCAAUGGUCUACUUCCCUCUCUUUACUUACUCAGUCAGUUAAAAGCAUUAUCAGCAUCCAGGGCUCAAAAAAUAGCCCUGUUGGGUAAUCCAAGUCCACCAAUCCCCAAACCAUUCACUACAGUCCUGUGUAUACUGAGAUGCCAUAUUUCACCAUCUGCUUGGAAAGACAAUUCUGAACAAUAUUGACCAAGGAUUGGAAAAGCAAAUCCUCUUAUAUGUUUACUUUCCUCACUGACUGUGGUGGCAUGAAUACUGAAAUCUGAUCCACUAUGGUUUUGAACUGAGGAAGGACUGAUAUCGUGCUUGGUUGUGUGCCCACAAUGGGGGUUGAACUACAUCAGUAUUCCUGUCUGAGGGAAACGCCGCUCCAUAUGAAAACGGCCUCUGCUGGUCUCUGUGCUGUUCCCACUCAUUUAAGGCUCACGCUUCAUGUUUUGUGUUCUUUGUUUUCCUCAUUCUGUCCGAGCUCAAAGCUGUGGUGUUUUUCACUUCUCUGGCCUUAGGACGCCUGCUGUGGAUAGAGGAAGGCUAGGAAAAACAAAGCAUUCACCCUCUGAAUCCUGACCAAAAAGCAACAUCAGAAACAAAGACAUCCCCCACAUAUCCAAAAAGAUUUCAGUUUCUUUCAGUGUGGUUUCAGCUCUGGGUCUGCUUAGCAGCUAAACACAGAUGGAGUAAGAAAUGAAGAAAUGGGUUUAUGAGUUUUGCAGUGAUACAUCCAAACAGGAUCGAACAAGAUCGUUUAACAGAUUGGUAUUUGAAUUGGCAAAGCUCAUAUUCACAUGAGAAAGAAUAGAGUGAAAUGAAUCUAUAUAGAUGAAGCUACCAGAUUCUUAGCAGAUCUCUUGGGGGAAGAAAAGCUGGGUUUUGUUUUUUUUAGGUCAUAAUGCAUCUGUUUGCUUAAUAAUGUAUUGCAAGCCUCCUGGCAAGGAUAUAGUGGAGCAUGAGAAUCAACAUGGGCGCAGUGGUCUGUUAUGGGCUAUCUCACUGCAAGACCACCUUAGCUUGAAUUUGGUCUCAUACAUGCAAAAAUAAUAUAGCAUGCUAAGCCCAAACACACUCUUUGUCAACCUUUUGAACUUGACUUCCUCUUUUUUUUCAGAGCUGUGAAAAUGUAAUAACAACAGUGAUAACAAUAGCCAUAAAGCUUGACAAGCUGUAGCUGUAAUGAAUAAGAAUAAGUCAGAGUUUUCGAUUAUUCAAUGAAACUAAAAAAAAAAAAAAGAAGAAUAAAUUAGGAUGCAAAUUAGCUUCUGUCUAACAGUUAUACAUUCUCAUACUGAAGAACCAGGAGAUGUUUCAACUUUAAAACUAAACAUGCUGGCUUACGUUUUGGUCAGAGUUUCUUAACUGUAGCCAGCUGAGGCUACUUAACACCAGACAAGAAGCUCCGCAUCAGAGUGUCAGCCAGAGGGCCUCUGCUGCUGGGAAGCAAGUGGUACAAAGUACAGCUGUAGCACAUAGGAUGCAUUACAGAAAUGUACUAGUAAACAAGGUCAAGCUCAUUUUACACUUGUAUGGGUUUAAUUAAAUAAACCUUCAAUAUCAUGUGGGUCAUUCUCCAUUUGGUGUGGGAAUUCAAGUGAAUAACUUUUUAAAUAAUCAAUUUCUUUCAUCCCAAAACUAAAUAAUCUAAAUAUGUCCAUUAACAUAUCAUAUUAUCAUAUAUGCAAAAAUUUGAGUUUAAUUCCAAACAUAUUUUACAGUCAGUGGUUUAAUAUGGAUAUGGUGUAACAGCAGUGACUGUGACACCAGGUUGACCUUGUGCAACUAUUUAAAGUCAGUAAUAAAAAUGAUAUCUUGCAUUAUGUUGGCAAAAUUGUAAUUACCCAGCCUUUAAAGCACAUAACACCAGUGACAGAGAACAUAGAAGUUGCAGUAUGUGCUGCCUGAUUAAUGAAAUAAAUUGAGCAGGUGUGGACACCUUCUCAUGCCUUAAGAUGCUUCUUCUCCGAUGAGAUUUGACCCCUGGAAGCAGUUUAAUAGAGCUGAAAAUACUAUGUUAAAAUAUAACAUAAGAGUCUCGAAAACACCAGUGACCAAAAUCCCUGUGAUUAAUGAAUCUUUAAAUAAAAUUAACACUUUUAAAUGUAGUAUAACAUUAGUGAUAUAAAAUGUAAACAUGAAUCUGUUUUAUAUAAUUUCCUAAGUAAAACCUCUUAUAAAUAUUGUAUUAUAUUAAAAAUGGUUUCCCAAAUGAUUCAAAAUUGGUUUUGUGUUGAGCUGUUUUACAUAUGCAGAGCAACUAUGAUACAGGAUUAAAAAAGAAAAGGCUGAGAAAUCAUAAGUGAAAAGUAUUAUUUAAUCUUAGGUAAACUGUGUAAAUGUACAGUAUAUACUGACUUUUGCAGCUGUGCCUAAUAUUUUAAGCAUUUUUAUAAGCCCUGCAACCUUUGCAACAUGGUUUCCCACUCCAAAUGGAGAAUGACCCAUAUAGUGACUUUAUCAAGUUUGUUAUGAGCUCUCUAACUAUUCACAAACUCUCUGUUUCUGAGCAAAAAGAUAAGAGGUCAAAUCCGAUGUGGCUAGUAAUAGUAGCUGAGGUGAAAACAGACAAUUUCUAUGCUUAUCUUAAAGAUUUUAGAUUGACAUCUUUCUCAGUGUUCAUUUUUGAAGCCCCUAUGAAUUUAUGGUCUGGGUCUGGGUUUAAUAUAGUGCAGUAAUAGAGAAAUGCUAAGUAGUGCUUAGCUCUUUACUGUGUUUGUCUACCUGAUGCAUCUGGUGUGUGGUACCCUGUUUGAAUAGCUCCACAAUGAUGUACGGACCUGGACGUUUCACUGUGGAAUUUAAAGUGAGGAAAAAGGUAUAAAAUGCCACCUUGUCAAGUCUCUGGUUAUUCGAUUCACUAGAAGAAAAAGUGUCUUGUUUUUCAAAAGGAAGGUUUGAUCUCAAUCUGUGGUUUCAGUUUCAAGGCUGCUCUACAACUAAUGAGCUGGUAUAUCCAAAUAAAGAACCAUAUGUUAUGUAUAAAGCACUGCUAUUCUGACCAUACCUAUUGGUCAUAUAUAACACAUCAUCUGUGACUCAAGUAAGUAUUUCUAAAGAUCCUGUGAAAGGUCACUGUAAAAGAUGUAAACAUCACGUAUGAUUUGGCUAGGAUGCUUUGCUGUGCCUCAGCUUGGCAGGUUCAAAAGGAGCGUUCCAAGAGACUUUUCAAAUAAGUGGACAAUGGUCUAUUCUUGUCCUGCCAUCUUCCAGUUUUGUAGAGCUGUGACUACAAAAAUUACCUAGAAGGCAGAGCACUGCAUGGUGCAGGAAACAACAGAAUGUGCUGAACUAGGAAAUUAAGGUGAGACUCUAUAGGUUUGAUAUGAAAACAGCACCAUCCAACCAGGACAAAUCAAUAUGUGGGACUUUAAUAUUUCCCAAAAAUCAAGCGAUCUAUUAAAGCUAGAUUCUUGUCUUGCAUAACCUAAUUUGGGAAGUGCAUUGGCCUGAAAAAUCCUGAAAAUCCGUUAUGUGAUAUCAAGACAUGACAUCCUGCACGUUGUUGCUCUCCUAACAAAAUCACUAAUCGUAACCUUACAGGAGAAGCUAAAAUGUACUUAACUUUUAAUGGAAGUUAAAGUAAUGAGAUUAUAUAACAGUUCAUUUUGGACAAUCUCUUUUGUUCCACUCACUGUGAAGUGUUCAUGCAAAAUAAAAGGCAGCCGCUGUGAUCAAAUUCUGUAGACGUAAGUAGAAACAGAACAUUAUGAAGAUGCGCAGUUUUUAUAGGACAGUGCCAAGAUGCAAACAGCAGUUCCUCGUUCCACAACACACUAAACGUUACCAUUUUAUGAGAUGCUAGGUGAAUAGAAAAAGGCCCGGCUUGAUAAUGUUUGCUAAAGCCCUACAAAGAAUUAGUCUUUUCAAAGAAGAAUGCAUGAUUCAAAGGUUUGUGCCUCUUCAGAUCUCUGAGGGCCUGUGAUUCACAUCUGAGCUCUGCUGAUGUUGUUGCAAAAGUGGGCUUCAGCAAAUGUGUUUCCAUUGCAUCCACUGAAGCGUUGAAAGCCAACAUUAGGCACUUACAGUUUCUCUGCACAGGCCAUGCAUUAGUCAUACCUGACAUUUACGCUUUACAAUUAGCUUCCCAUAAUGGCGUUUUCUAAGAGAGUCGGUGCUCUCCAGAGCAUAACCAGAAAUAGCACAACAGAAUAAUUUUUACAAAUAUGGCCUUGUGCAUUGGUGGAGCUACUGAAGCCUGACCGAGCAAAUACACAGCAAUUGUAUGUCUUUUGCAUUAUGAACAAAAAAACAAUAAUAAUGAUAAAAAAUAAGAAUGACAAUAUUGAGAGAUCUGAAAAAAUAAAUAGGUGCACAAAUGCAUUUAACACAGAGAUAAAAUCCCUCUGAAAACCAUUGGGUGAAAAAUCUAUCAGUAAGCACAAGGUGAUAUCUAUACCAGAGACCUAAUUUAGGCCUAUUAAAUCUUAUGUGUUAUGUGUUCAUUUCAUUUUGUUUUCCUAUAAGUGCUCCUUCCAUGACUGUCUUUUGGCCUGAACACAUUUUUCAUUUUGACUGCUCCUACUGGUGGCAGUGGCCAGAAAUCCAUUUCCAUGUAUGUGCUUACAGUUCUUGAUAUGACCAACAUUGUAUUUAAAAGUAAUCUACUGUAUGUUUGGAAAUUUUCAUGGCAAGUAGCUAUCUGCAUUGUGUUUGAUUAGAUGUCAUUCAAAUUAUGUGUUUUUGAGGCUGUUAAGGUAACCUGGUGUGGUAUAGUGUUCAAACAACCAAUGGAAGUGCUUGGAGAUGAUGUCCUUCGAUUAAAACAGAUGGCAUAUUGACAGAAGUGAAGCGUAUAAAAGAACAUGAUGAUACCAGGGUGACUGUGUUAUCUAAGUAUUGUGCUUUUAUCUCUUUCAUGGCCAGAAUGUGCUUGUCAUGAUGUGAGUUAAGGACAUGUAAAUACUGCAAAUAAAAGAUAAAAUGAUGCUGUAUAAAAUAAAAGAAGUUUGAGACAAAACUGA